AUGGCCGAUCGAGGCGGAUUCCGUGGAGGUUUUGGAGGUGAACGUGGUGCUGGACGCGGUGGACGCGGAGCCGGUGGAGACCGUGCUGGAGGACGUGGACGUGGAGGUCGUGGUGGACGUGGUGGACGCGGUGGAAAGACCGGUCGCGGUGGAGAGAAGGAGAACGAAUGGGUCCCAGUCACCAAGCUCGGAAGACUCGUCAAGGAGAGAAAGAUCACCACUUUGGAAGAGAUCUACCUUAACUCACUCCCAAUCAAGGAGUUCGAGAUCAUCGACCUUAUCUGCUCCAACCUCAAGGACGAAGUUUUGAAGAUCACCCCCGUCCAGAAACAAACCACUGCUGGUCAAAGAACCCGUUUCAAGGCUUUCGUCGCCAUCGGUGACCACAACGGACACGUUGGACUUGGAGUCAAGUGCUCUAAGGAAGUUGCCACUGCCAUCCGUGGAGCUAUCGUUGCUGCCAAGCUCGCCGUUAUCCCAGUCAGAAGAGGAUAUUGGGGAAACAAGAUCGGACAACCACAUACCGUUCCCUGCAAAGUCAGCGGAAAGUGCGCCUCUGUCAUGGUCCGUCUCGUCCCAGCUCCUCGUGGAACCGGAUUGGUUGCUGCCCCAGUACCCAAGAAGCUUCUUACCAUGGCUGGUAUUUCUGACUGCUACACUGCUGCCAGUGGACAAACCGCUACCCUCGGAAACUUCGCCAAGGCCACCUACGCUGCUCUUCAACGUACCUACUCCUACUUGACCCCAGAUCUCUGGAAGGAGGAGGAACUCGAGAAGACUCCUUAUCAAAGAUACCACGACUUCCUUGCUCGUGCUUAA